AUGAGAAAAUUUAAUAUUAAAUUAGGACUAUUAGGAUUAUCAUUGGUAUUAUUGUUGAUUUUUGGGUUAAGUGGUACGGAUGCAAGGCUACAAGGAGGAUUAGUAAAAGAUGGUAAUAAGAGUUUGUUUUUGGGACUUUCAGAGAUUUACCAGACGAGCAGUUCAGGGUCUUUAGUAAUGGCAGGCCAGUUAUUUGCAGCCUUGUGCUUUAUAUACUGUAUUAGGGGAUUAUCAUCUGAGAAAACUGCAUAUAGAAGCAAUGUAGUUGGAUUUGUAGGCAUGAUGGUGGCAAUAAUUGUUUCGUUAUCAGAAGAAGGUUUUGGGAGUCAUUACUUUGUCUUCUUUUUGACAACAAUUGUAUCAGGAGCUGUUGGAGUUUAUAUAGCAGACACAACUCAAUUAAUUAAAAUGCCACAAUUAGUUGCAGCAUUUCACAGUUUCGUGGGCUUGGCAGCAUUAUUUGUAUCUUAUUCCUAUUUUUACUCUACCAUUGAACUGAAGGAAGGUAUUUCCAGUUUAAGAAGAGUAGAACUGUUUGUAGGAGGGGCCAUGGGCAUGAUAACUUUUGUUGGCUCAGUAAUUGCAGCACUAAAGUUGGAUGAUAUUCUUCCAAGUAAAAGUCCAAAAAUACCUUUAAAGAAUAUCUCAUUAUCAAUAAUACUAUUUUCCAUUUGUAUGACAGGAUUAUCAUUUUGUGUAUCCAGUAACGAAUUAAUAAUAACAACAAACUUACAUUGUGGAAUGAUUCUAUCAGCUUUAUUUGGACUAUUUAUGAUUAUCAGUAUUGGAGGAGCAGAUAUGCCGGUAAUAAUAAGUAUGUUAAACAGCUAUAGUGGCUGGUCUACAGCAAUUACAGGCUUUCUUUUGGAUAACAGCCUGUUAAUUAUAAGUGGUGCUUUAAUUGGCUCAAGUGGAGCAAUACUUUCUUAUAUAAUGUGUAAAGGUAUGAAUAGAGACUUUAUUUCAGUUCUUCUUGGAGGAUUUGACCAAGAAGAAACUGAAAAAAUGGUUGGAGAUACUAAAUGUUAUAUCACAAGUUCAAAAGAAACUGCUGAAAUAUUAGCGGAGUCAUCAAAAGUACUUAUAGUGCCAGGAUAUGGUAUGGCAGUGAGUAAGUGUCAAGACGUUAUUUCUGAGAUAAUUAAAGAAUUGGAAUCCAGAAGUACAGCAGUUGAUAUUGGAAUACAUCCAGUGGCUGGAAGAAUGCCUGGCCAUAUGAAUGUUUUACUUGCUGAAGCAGACGUACCAACUAGAAAUGUCAAAGAGAUGGAAACAGUUAAUGGAUGUAUGCAAGAAUAUGAUUUGGUAUUGGUAGUAGGAGCCAAUGAUAUAGUUAACCCUGCAGCUUUAGACCCUCAAAGCAAGAUUUCAGGAAUGCCAGUAAUAAAUGUUUGGAAAGCAAAACAAGUCGUGGUCUCAAAGAGAUCUUUAGCAUACGGAUAUGCGUGUAUUAGUAACGAACUCUUUACAAAGGAAACGACCAAAAUGUUGCUUGGGGAUUCCAGAGAAAUGCUUCAUCAAGUAUAUAAAACUUUAAAAGGAUGCGCAGGAUUUGUUCCAAGAAGACAGUAUAUGGAUUCAAGGGUAACUGAGGAGACAGAAGAUACUGAAGAUAGCGAAGAAGUAACUACAGCUUUACUUUCUUCUGAUUCUAUUUCAAAACAAAGAAAAUCAUUGAAGACUUUAAGUGGUAUUUUGAAAAACAAAGGGUUGGGAGAAGGAGAGACAGAAUCUACUGGUAUGAAAAAGAAUUCAAAAAAAAUAGCACUUUUGCCAAUAGUUUCAGAACAAGAUAAAACUAUAUUAUUCCCAAUAUCUCCUUCUAAGGUGUAUAAGUUUAGAGAGAAGGGGUAUGAGAUAGCAAUCUCCAGAGAUGUUUUGACUUCAUCGUCUCAAUCCAAAUGUUUCUCAGAGGAGCUAUAUAUGAGAAGUGGAGCUUCAGUAUUUAAAAAUAUUGAGGAAUUAAUCAAGGAAAGUGAUGUAGUGAUCAAGAUGUCUAGGCCAACUGAGAAGGAGGCAAGAUGUAUGAAACAAGGGCAGAUAUUAAUAUGUAAUAUGUAUAUAAGUCAGUAUCAAGAUAAGGAAAAUAAUCAGGAUCAAUUACUGGCAAGUUUAGCAAAGAAUGGUGUAACAGUAAUAGCUUUGGACGAGAUUCCAAGAACUUCUCGUGCUCAAACAAUGGAUAUAAGAACCACAACAAGUACUAUUUCUGGAUACAGAGCAGUGGUUGAAGCUUUAAAUAGUCUUCCAAGAAUCAGUAAAUCAAUUUCCAGUGCAGCAGGUAAUGUGGAGGAGUCCACAAUAUUAGUAAUAGGAGUGGGGGUUGCCGGGCUACAAGCAAUAGCUACUGCAAAGAGCAUGGGAGCCAAGGUUUUUGCAAUGGAUUCACGUUCAGCAUCAAAAGAAGAGGCAGAGAGUUGUGGAGCUAGGUUUAUUCAGGUUCCAAGUGAAGUAGAUACUUUUGGAAAAGAGUCAGGCCAUGAAAAUAAGGAAGUUUUAAUAAGACAGAGAGAUUUGAUUGAAAAGUAUCUUUGCAUUUCCGAUGUAGUAAUUACUUCAGCAUGUAAACCAGGGGAAGAAUGCCCAAUUUUGAUUACAAAAGAAGCUGUAAGGAAAAUGAAGAGUGGAUCAGUAAUUGUGGAUCUCUGCUCAGAAUUUGGAGGUAACUGUGAAUUGACUCAGAAAGAUAAGAUUUACUCAGAUAUCCAGUCAGGAGUAACAAUUAUGGGAAGAAGCAACUAUGAAUUUUCUAUGCCCUUGCAAAGCAGUGAAUUGUUUUCCGGUAACUUAUUGGCUUUAAUCUGUGAAUUAGGGCCAACAUCUGAAAGAUUUAAAUGUGAUUUAAAUAAUGAAAUCAUCUCAAGAAUGUGCGUGGCUCAUGAAAACAAAAUGCUUUGGAAACCUUUUUCGGAGCAGAAUCAGGAAAAAUAUGAAAAUCAAGAAAUGCAGAAAAAGAAGGGCUUACUUCAAACCAUAACAAAACACUCAACUCUGAUCUCUAUAAAAGAUGAUAAUCAAACUACACAAAAGACUGUUACUUUUGCUUCAGAAACUGAGAUUGAUGGGUAUUUCCAAAAAGCUAUGAAAGAGUUGAGAAAUUAUGAUAAAUAUUUGAAUGGAGAAGUAUUCUUUUAUGCUGGAGUAAUGUUUACUACUCUAUUCUUCACAGUAUUGGGUCUGACAAUGACUACAAUCCAAAUUCAAAACAUUUUCUCUUUCAUUAUCUCAACUAUGUUGGGUUACUAUUGUGUAUGGGGAGUUGAUUCUAAAUUACACACACCUCUAAUGUCAGUAACAAAUGCUCUUUCUGGAGUAAUUAUCAUUGGGAGUAUGAUGCAAUACGGAAAUCAUACUGUGACAUACACCACCCUAAUGUCUAUGGUAUCCACAUUCUUGGCUUCCAUCAACACUUUCGGUGGAUUCUACAUUACAAACAAAAUGCUUGCUCUCUUCACCUCUUAG